AAAGCGGGAAAUUACAAACAAGAGAUGCCCCACUUGAUUGUCCCAUCAUCUACUCCGAUCACACUACUCUCCCUCUCUCUCUCUCUAGACUCUGAUUCCACUUUCUCUCACUUCCCCAAAACUCAAACUCCAAAGAAGCCAUCAUCAUCACAUGGGUUCUUCUUCUUCUCCGUACAAUCAAGACAUUCGUCUACCCAAAAAAGUCGAAAUGACCAUCCAAACAAUUUGCCUGGAAAAAAACCAGCCGCCGCUGAAGAAUUACGCCAGGAAAAUGCUGGCGGAGAUCGGGGAGCAGGCUUCAAUGGAGGUUUUGACGGAGAUUUUAUCAUCAAAUCAACCCAUUAAAAGCUUCAGUGGGUUCGUCUCCUUUAUGGUCAAGAAAGAUUACCCGGUGCAGGCCGCCGCCGUGCUCGCCGCUUACGAUUCUUCCUCCCCUCAGUCUCAGAAAAUGUGGUCGCCUUCUUCUACUUCUCCCCACACACGGAACGGUGAAAAUUUGGAGUCCCCACUGUCGAGAUUAUCCAUGAACUCCAUCACAUCAAAUUUGCAUAGUACAAGUCCCCAAAGUGUCGGUUGCCGCCUAUCUUUCGAAGACGAAACUCAAGAAAACAGGAGCCCUAACUGCGGCACAAGUCAACCAUCAGUUCCUGAGGUCAAAGAGCCUAUCACAAUCACUCAGCAGUUAAUUACUCUGAACAAACUCGAAUACAGGAAAUUGUUUCUGGUUCUGAGUUACAUUGGGAGGGAGAAGUUGGAAGAUGUAGUAACUGUGGAGGAUGCUGAUGAAAUUUAUAGAAUGAAUGAGUUUCCUAUGCAAGCUUUCGAGAACAAGAUUUGGAAAAAAUACGGACAGAGAUUCUACGACGAAUCGGAUCGUAGCCAGUAUCUUGAUUGGGAUUCGGGGAAAACCCAUGUCUACUACUGCCAUGUUUACCAAGACGGAAGAUAUUAUUUCAAGGGUCCUUAUCUAAAUAGUAUGAAAACUCACCUACAAAGAUCAUUAGGAGAUGAUAACAUAUUAAUAGUCAAGUUUCUAGAAGACGGUGCAUUCGGCACUGGCAAUAUCGCUCAAGAAGGAAUUCUUGUUGGUCUAAGGCGCUAUCGGUUUUUUGUUUUUAAAGAUGACCGUAAAAAGGUGAAUAAAAACCAAUCCGACAAGGAGAAAAAGGCUACUUACAGUAACGUUAGGUGCUUCUUUGUCCGAGUUGACUCGGUUUCACCUUCUGGUUACGAUGAAAAUUACAUUUUGAGUAGAAAAACUAUCGGCGAAGCAAGGCGCAUGUUCAUGCAUAUACACACGAUCUCGAGUAUAGAAAAAUGCAUGGCCAGAUUGUCCCUGAUUCUUUCGAAGUCGAUAAAGCUCGAAAUCAAUUUGGCUGCUGUUAUAAUCGAAAAAAUUAAAGAUAUCCCGUUUCAAGAUGAAGGUGGCUUUGUUAUACACGAUGAAGAUGGGAAGCCUAUUUUGCAUACAGAUGGAACAGGAUAUAUUUCCGAAGAUUUAGCAAUUAGAUGUCAAAUAUGUUUUUCUGCACCAAAGUAUGGUACCGAUGAUCGUUUCGAGAAAAACGAUCAUUUUGCCGAUUUUGCGGAUAUAGCUAGUCAAGUAAGAGAAGCAGAAUCGAGGAAUAAGGAGGCGCCUUUACUUGUACAAUGCCGUAUUUUCCACGAAGGUUAUGCUGUCAAGGGAACUCUUCUUGUCAAUAGAAAGCUUGAGCCAGGAACAAUUCAAAUUAGACCUUCCAUGAUUAAGGUAGAAAGGGACCAUAAUAUCAAAGUCGAAGAAGCUUUUAACUCACUCGAGAUCGUCAAUAUCAGUCAUAAACCAGGCAGAAAUUGUCUUUCGAAAUAUUUAAUUGCACUUUUGAGCUAUGGCGGUGUUCCUCAAGAAUUCUUUCUAAAUUUGGUGGCAAACACUUUAGAAGAUGCUCGAAAUGUGUACACCAAUAGACGUGCAGCUUUGAGAGUUGCAUCCAACCAUGCUGGACUAGAUUAUGGCUUUUUGGCGCAAAGAAUGAUUUGUUCGGGGGUGCCCCUCGACGAACCCUACCUCCAACUUUGUCUGUCGAAUCUCGAAAACGGCGAAAAAACGAAACUGAAAACCGGAAAAAUACCGCUCAACGAAAGCUUUUAUCUGAUGGGGACAGCUGACCCUACUGGCGUAUUGAACAACGAUGAAGUCUGUGUUAUCCUUGGGAACGGGCAAAUAUCGGGGAAGGUGUUGGUGUACAGAAACCCGGGAAUGCACUUUGGAGAUGUUCAUGUUAUGGAGGCUGUUUACGUGAAGGAACUGGAAGAGUUUGUGGGUAAUGCUAAAUAUGGUGUUUUCUUUUCGACCAAAGGCGCCACGUCAGCAGCUUACGAGAUGGCGACUGGUGAUUUUGAUGGAGACAUGUACUGGGUUUCUAGAAAUCCCGAGCUGUUGAAAUAUUUUAAAGCGAGUAAACCGUGGAAACGUGUCUUGUCAGCACCGGAUUCGAAGAAGAAAAAUCCGAAGGAGUUUUCGGUUGAGUUAGAAAACGAACUUUUUCAACUAUGUUUAGAAGCUAGGACACCAAGCUUCAACAUGGCGACAGCAGCGGACAGCUGGCUGACGUUUAUGGAUCGGCUAUUGACAUUAGGUGAUGAUCGUACAGCUGAAAAGAAAUCUUUGAUGAAAAAAAUGAUUCGAUUGGUCGACAUCUACUACGAUGCACUGGAUGCCCCUAAGAGCGGCAAAAAGGUAAAAGUUCCAGAGGAGUUGAGAGCAGAGAUGUAUCCGCAUCACAUGGAAAAGGGGUCCGAAUUGAGCUAUCACUCCUCCUCGGUAUUGGGUCAAAUAUAUGACAGAGUCGACGCUUUGAAAAAUGAUUUUGUGCCGAGAAAAGAAAUCUGGAAAUUGCCAUGCUUUGAUGUUCCGAUUCCCGAGAUAUACGUCAAAAUGUGGAAAUCCAGGUACGAAAGCUACCGCAGAGAGAUGACAAAAGCCCUCAAAUCUGGCAACGAAUCAAGAAACGACGCUGCAGACGAGGUCAUCAAAAAGUACAAACAGCUGUUGUACGAGGCUGGUGAUAUGGAAGAGAGUGCGAAGAGUAGUGAAGUGAUAUACGACGAAGCAAUUGCUAUAUACCACGUAACAUACGAUUAUGCAAUGGAGCAUGGUGUGGAGAAAUGCAAUUUUGCAUGGAGAAUAGCUGCUUCUGCACUCUGUAACCUCUGUGCAUGGAAAUUAGCUGGUCCGAGGGAAAAGCCUUUGCCGAUUUUACCCUCUCUUCUUCGCGAAUUGUUGACGUAAGAUUCGAUUAAGGAAAUCCAUGCUGUUGUUCAGUGUGUAUAAUAUGUAUGUAUAUAUAUAUUGUCAAGAUGUUAGUGUGAUGAAGUUUACCUUGGUUUGGAAAAGUUUCAAAUAUUUGGGGGUCUAAGUGUAAUUAUUUCUAACCUCGGGGGAGGUAUGUGUAAACUACUAUUUUGUUGUUAUUAAUUUACAACUUUUGCACAUAU